AUGACCGCUGCUCCCUCUGUGGCUCCGGCCGUGCCUCCUGCCCGUCCGCCAGCCCCACGCACCAAAUCGGUUGCCUUUGAUACCGAGCCGCCGACCUCUUCCAAUAUGGCCUCUCCUACUCGCCGUCCUUUACGCUCUAAUCCUAUCGAUCCCUUGUCCGACCGAGCGACUUCGCUUCUGAUACGUCGGACCCUCUGCUCCCCUCAGCUCGGGGAAAAAAGCCGCGAUUCGCAAGUGCCUAUAGACGCGCUGCUUCCACCAUUGACUAGUCGCAACGAUGUCGACCUUCAAUUGUACGCCCUGCUCGCUAUUGUCAUGAGAGAGUUCGUGCAGAGCUGGUAUAGCAAAAUCACUACGGAUGAACACUUUGUAUCAGAGAUAUUGCACAUUAUCGCCCACUGUUCGCGAGCCUUGGAACAGCGGUUCCGCAAGGUUGAUCUAGAGAGCCUAGUGUUGGAUGAGAUACCUGACUUGCUGGACAAGCACAUAACAUCGUACCGUAUCUCUCAUAGCCCUACCGCCAGACAGCCUGUUGAGGUCGACCCUCGAGAGGCCUACCACGCCAUGUGCCCUCUGCCACACCUCGCACCAGUCCCCCACCCAGAUUGCCCAGACACCAUAUCCGAUCAGAAAGAGAAUGAAGCGCUGUAUCGCCAAUUGCUGGUUCAGGGCGUCCUUGCGAUCCUAUUGCCCACAGAAGACCUCGAGAACCCUUGUCUCACGUCUCUCGUUGAACAGAUCUUUUCGGAGCUUAUCAUUGGUAACAUCAUAGCCAAUAAGGCAUCUCAGCCAUGGAUGCUGUAUGAGGGCAUCUGCAUCACGGCCAGGGUUUUGCGACAAAGAAAAGACCAAGGGGCAGUGGUUGCAGAGACCCAAAGCGAUGCUGGUGGGCCCAAGGUUGACGUAAGAGGCCGUCGCAGCUGGUCUGUAAGGUCUAUGUUCCUUGCCGUUAUCCAGCUUGGGAUGCUGGUAGUUGCCUCGCUCCGAUUUAUCACGACUGCUCUGGUGAUGACAUCGUCCCUUCCUGCUAGGGCCACGCCCUUAGAUGAGAAAGAAGCUUUGCUGGAUCACGACAAGUCUCCGCCGAGGUCAUUCGACCCCGUUAAGGCGCCGAUCCUAUCGUGUCGAGUAUGGACAUGUCUUGGAAAUCUGUUUGAGCUCAGCUUGCGCAUGCCUUGGCUGGAUGGAUUUCUAUCACUUUUACAAUACGGCGCGGUCAACGGACCUGGACGAAUCGCUGGCCACGAUGGCCCUAUUGACAGGCUCCUCUCGCAUCACAUCAAUUCCCUCUUUUCUCCCUCGAAUCUACCCCCUCUUCUGCGUACCCUUCGCGGUAUCCUCUUUCCCAACAACGCCCCUGGUAAGACGACCUUGUUCCCACCAUCGUCCGACGCCGAGCUGCAAGCCCUGCGACGUAGAGCCGCUAAGUCUCUUUGGGGUUUGCUACCGAAGGGUGUGGGAAGGCUUUAUUUUGGUGGUCGCUUAUGGCGGCGAAGUGCGGAGAGCGAGUGUGAUUUAUCAGAUGACGAGGAUCUGGUAGAUGAAAUGGAGAGGCUGCUUCUUGUGCUAGACGAUGAGUACUGCAACAAGCAUCUGAUGUACAGCAUUCUCGAGCUGUUACUUGCUCGUCUGAUGCCUGAACUGGCGGAGAAGAGCGUGACGGAGCUUUGGGAAGAAAGACUUGGCUGA